AUGACAACCACAACUGCCACUUACACUACUUGCAAUCGUGCAACUCCGAGACUUAUCUUGAAAACAACAAAUGAUUAUAAUACUACAGCGUCGACGGCUUUGGUAACAGCAUCUAUGUCUCUCUCAUCAUCGCCCGUAAAGACAACUAGUUCAUCCAAUUUGCCGUCGCAUCCACCAAAUCCACCAAAACAAAGUCGGAAAGUCCGUUCAUUCCGCCAUAAACAUUUACGAAAGCCUCCAUCUUUUGAUACCUAUCUUUCUUCACAUUCUGCACCUGCUUCUACUUUUCACCCAAAUAUCCUACCUAGUACACCUCCUUACCGUCCGAAGAGGUCUAGCUCACUAUCCUCUUCAUGUUCUUCAACUUCAUCGGAGGAUAAUAAUUAUUAUCCAUCCUUAUCAAGAGAAGAAUUAAUUAAUGCAAAAUCCAUGAUAAAUUCAUCCAAUACUUCCCUUAAUUCUAUUCCUCAAUUUCGCGCACGACAAAGUUCAUUUACGAAAUCUGUUCGGUUUGUAGGAGCUGAAGAAGAUAAAAGUGAUAGAAGUAGCAUUUCUAGUUCUCUGGGUAGCAGUGGUAUUGAAGACUGGGAUCAAAAUGAUUUGGUUGAAGAAGAGGAGGAAUUUUAUAUGCGACGGCCUUCCAAACAACUUCAACAACCAAUUCAAUGUCAUGGAAAAUUUUAUUCGAACUAA